CUUCAGAUGCUGGAACUUCACAUGCUUUAUGCUCACCUGUGCAAUUGUUUGCUAAUUGGUAUAAAGUUAUGCUCACGAUGUGGCUGAGUCCCGCCCCGCAACUAGCCGGCAGAGCCCAUGCUACGUCAUCGGAGCCUUUGAGCGCUCCUGCACAACCACCACGUACUUAAAUCCCAUCUUGACCCCAGACCUAUCUACAUCAAAUAGAUCAACAUACCAAUAAACCAGAAUAUCGCACGCUCCAAGAAUAACUACACGAAUCGCUCAAAACACCAACCUAGAACCACCACCAAGAUGCCUCUCGUUGUCCCAGGAGUAACAGCCGACAACAUGCCCGAGGACAAAACCCAGGAGUGGAUGAACAAGCUUGUCGGCAAGACGCUAUCAGAGAAUGAGCCAAGCUCAGAGACUUGCUUCUGCAAGAAGGACCUCCCUGAAUCCACCAGAGUUAUCGAGCCAGGCUCGAUGGUUACCAAGGACUUCAACCCCAACAGGCUGAAUGUACACGUCCAGGAAGACGGGACUGUUUCGCACGUUUCUCACGGUUAAGGAACUGGAGGGGAGCUCGAUUGCGGGGUUGAACUGGGCCGGAAGCGGAUAUCAUCUAGACCUACGCUCUUAUACCUGCUGGUUGAUGUCUUUGGGCGGGUUUGAAGCUAUAGCCUACUUUAAUGACUGAAUUCUAUUCUCACCACUAUGCCUA